AUGAAUAAAAUUUGUUUGAGUGUACUGAUAGGUAUCCCCGGGGCUGGAAAGACUAGCUUCUGCAAUAACUUCCAGCGUUAUUUGGAAGGAAAGGAUUCAUCUGUUAAACUGAUACAUAUUUGUUAUGAUAGUUUCAUCAAAUUAGAAAACGCAAAUGAUAUGGAUAAGGGUUUGUUCAAAAGCAAGCGACAAUUACUAUUACGAUUUCUUGAAAGUCUAGUAGAAGCCAUCCAGAAAAACGAUCCAUUUCUGAUGAAUCAAUUGAGCGAGGCGUUAAAGGAAGAAUACGGUCUAGAUCUGCCACUACAGCUGGAACCAACAUCGGGGACACAAGUAUACGUCCUAUUGCUUGACGACAAUAUGUAUUAUAGAAGCAUGCGUUACGAAAUAUUCAAACUCGCCAGAAAACACUGCACCGGUUAUCAGCAAAUUUAUUUCGAAGUUCCGUUGCUGGACGCUCGAGUUAGAAACUCACAAAGAACGAAACCCGUUCCGGAUGGUAUCGUUUCGCAGAUGUGGAUGAAGCUCGAAAAACCGAGUCCACGUUUUUACACAUGGGAGAAGAACACUACGACGUUGAGAGGCUCAUCCGCAAAUUAUGAUGCCAUCGUAAGCGAGCUUUUACGACGGUCUAAUGAGUAUGAGAGUGUUGCAGAUAUCCCAGUUCCUAUGAAGAUGGAGCAAUCGAACAUCCAUAAAAUGGAUUUGUUACUCAGGAAAACUGUAGGAGAGAUCUUGAGAAAUAAUCAACUGAUUCUGUUCAGCGCUGAAUUGAAGCUGCUUUCCAAUGAAUUGAUCAUUCGGAAACAGAAGAUACUAAACGAUUUAAAAGCUGGAUUAAUUAAAAUAAAUCCUGACGAAAUUACUGAUGAGGGAAUGCAUUCACUGUUUUGACAACAAUGUUGACUAAAUUUUUCUUUCCGAGAAUUGUAAUUAUGAUAACAAUAGUGUAACAUGCCACAGCUACUAAACAGUUAUUACACGGACAGUGCAGUCCCCACCAGAAACCAGAAACUUUUGAUGAACUUGUGACCAUACCUCAUGGACUGAAAAGUCCCGGAAUUUUUAAUGGGAACUGUUUCCAUCGAGGGCAAUACACUUGGUAUAGCGAGUUUCCAACAUUUCGAUUCUCUUUAUUUAGUACGAAACGUCUAAGUCUGCCUUAGUGCCAUUCUGCUCACUGCCUUUUGCCUCAGGAGUGUGGUAAAGGAUCCACGUUUCAUCCAUUGUUACAAAACGUCGAAAGAAGUCCACUCGGUUACGUUUCAACAACACCAAAUCGACUGUUGAAUCAUCAACGCGCCACUGUUUUUGGCCGACGGUCAGCAAACGCGUCGCUAAUUGCGCAUAUAACAUUUUCAUGUCCAAAAUGUAUUCCACUCAUUCUUUUGAAAUGCCCACAGCCUCAGCUAACUCGCGUAACUUCACUUUACGAUCGUUCAAAAUAAGUCGUUUAAGUGUUUUACGAUUUCUGGAUCCGUAGCCUCUUUUGGCCUUCCAGAGCGAGGUGCAUCUGUCGUUCUCGAAGUAGCAGGAGUAAAAUAACAUUUCGUCAACCACUGCAUUGGUUGUUUAGGAGAUUUUUCCAUCAAAGAACAAUGUUUGAUCAACAUACGAUAUUCCUGUUUUUCCAUUCUCAAUACAAAUACUCAGGAAUACUCAUUUUCUAUACGAAUACACAUAAACAACUGUAGUUUGUGAACAAAUAAACGAAAUGUCGUGAAACUUCACACAUAAGCUAUUGACAGAUGAACCUCUCGAAAUGAAUCUUGUUCUUGUCCAUCCCCUCACACUCGAAAAAAUCUGUACCAUUCUAGAUAAAUCUACAACACUUGAUGGCACUAUCGAACCUUUCCAGCAAAUCUCCUGCAGCGCUACGAUGUUGAAAUUGUGGGCUCUCAAUAUUUCCGGGAGAAUUUCGAUACUCGCAAGAAAAUUGAGAGUCUUGCAGUUCCAUGUUCCGAGUUUCCAAUCUCUAUUCCGUGUUCUUUGCGUGAGUCUUGCCCGAUUGUCCUGUCGCAAAUUUCGUUGUGAAUUUUGCUGCGCGUUCCAUUUUUAAGGAUAGCUUACAGGUCCUACAUCAACCCCCAGUCUCACCGGAGGAUCAUUGUGCACAGCUCUGUUUAGAGUCCCACUCUGGCACGAGGACAGUGAUCAUCCGCCGGAACGGACGCUCGGAUAGGCUGCCUUCCCUGUCAGUAUACGACUCAUAUCCCACCGAGGUUGGUUACCUGAUCUUCACUAUGGUUGCUCGUACCCCAGUCGGACAGCGGGGAUGUAGAGAUAGGAAUUACUGGACAGAAAGCUAAGGAUCACAAAUGGGAUCUAUUUUAUGCCUGCAGAUACUCGAAGUACCCAUGGUGCGCUUAGAGUAGUCGUUUACCAAUCUUUUUCAAUGUAAUCCAUUGUCGUGAUACCACUGAAGCACCUCUCGAUUGUACUAGUAGCUUGCCAAUAUGGCCAAAACUUCACCGGACCUUUAUGAGCCUUAAUAAACGGAAGGAGACGUAUCUGCAGGCACUCUUCCUUAUACAUUUUCUAGUCCAUUGACCUGUUUGUGACGAGAACCUUGGUUUUCUGUUCACAGCUGCAAAUCCCUGGCGAAAUUAUUAAACUCCUGUAAAAUUUCUCAGAGAAACCGAACUUAAAUUAGCUGGGAACAUCGCAUCUAGCUGUGGCCUUAUACAUUUUCAGGCCUGGGAGCUGUUUUAAAUCCAUCUCCACUUGCAUCUCUUUUCUUCUGACUUCCUCAAUUGUUCUGAAUAAUUCAACAUUAGCUUGCGAUCGUAUUUUUCAUUUUUUUAUCCGCCGAAAGAUAUAGGUUUUCCAAAUAACUUGCUGUCAAACGAUUUGAGAUAUGCUUACUACGAUUGCUUCUAUAAAAUGAAUACUGAUUCAGGAUUCCAGGUAAAUCAAACCUAAACGAAUCCAAAUAGCCUCACACCUCAAUCCUCCGUGUUGAUUCUCAUGCAACGGAUAUUGUCGAAACCGGAAACACACGCAUCUUCUCCCCUGUAGAAGAUGCGAAACUUAACAGGUCUUCUUUUCAAGUUGCUACCAAUUAACGCAAUGGGCCUCACAAAAAAAUUAAUCUAUAUUCACAAAACAUGUCUGACAUAAUAGUAAAAUAGAAACAAAAACUUCACAACUUGCUUCCUAAAUAAAACCAAAUUCCACGCGGGCAAGGCACCUGUCGCGAAAUACAUUUCCGCUUCGAAGCGCGGAAAUCUGUCUUGACAAAAACACACCCACACAUAUGUACCUGUCUCUCCGUCGUUGUAUUGAUUGCUGUAAUAAUGCCCCGCAUCAAACCGUAGCCCAUUUUCAGUCCGUUGCUUUACUGAUCUGUGAGAGUUCCGGAAUUUUACGGAACAUUUUCCGACCGAUUCCAACCAGAAUAAUAAUGUGGCACGUGUGGAGGAUGAGGCUGCUCACGCUGGUACUUGGGUAAGUAUUCCAGCAGAAUUCGAUAAGUAUCAGCAGGAGAAACUUUAGACUGGUUGUGUACUCGGUAAACCAGGUCAGAUAGGGUAAACUGUGGAAGUACCACACGUAAAACUGGUAGUGAAGACUGCGGGCGCAAACGAUUCCGAUGAAGUUUGCGGUAAAAAUAGGAAGCAAUGCCAGCUGAGUGGCACGAUCGAAAUGAAUGGAGAAUUUGCUGUUCCUUGACUCCUCUUCCUUCUCCAAAGGUGCAGCGCCGUUAGCACUCACGGUGUCUUUGUUCGCCAUCUUUUUGAUGCCCUUUUCGAAUGAUUUUAGGAACUUUUCCUGUUCCUCGGUCAGUUUUUCUUCCUUCUCGAUCUGGGCCUUUGGUGUUUCCUUUUUCUUUUUCGCUUGUGUCAUCUCCCGGUUCUUGGCAUCGAUUUGAGGCUUGAGCAUCAUUUCCAAAUGUCUCAGACGGCAGUAAUUUUGGAAAUAUUUGAAGCAUGGUGAUGCGAAAGCUGCCAACAGCAGCACAUGAAUGGCUAGCAGAGCUAGAUGAAAGUACCGAUUUUCAAACACAUCUCUAUCCAGAAAACGGUAAUUCACAGUCCACUUAUGUUCAAAAACUCGUCCCAAAUCGAAACUUCCUUUAAUGUACUCCCAGGGAUGAGUAAGCAGAAACGGGAUACCCAGUACAAGUUGAACACUUCCGCAGAUGAUCAAUUGUGUGCAUGUUUUCAAAUAACCCAAAUUAGUGAUGAACAGAAGCAAGAUUGCGGGUGCAAAUAAAAGCACAUUCAUUUUAACGGAGACACCCAGACUCAAAAAUAAACUUCCCAAUGACCAUCGAUUGUCUAUGUAAGCAUUGAGAGCCAGAUAGAGAAAUAGAAUUGCAAUCGGAUCGUUAAAGAGCCUGAGUACAUAUAUAGAAUGUAUCCGGUAGGAAAUGCAGGACGUGAUCACAAGAACAUACGGUGGAAUUUUCCUACUCUUGCUGUACAGCCGAAGAACCAAUGCCAUUUGGAUGAGAUAGAUAACAAUAAAGAUGUAUUGUGCCAAUCUGAUAUUCUGUCCACGAGAGGUAAUGUAGUACAG